AUGAAUCCGCUUUGGGUGGGCCUGGUGUGCUCGCUCGCCCUCGUGAGGGGCCAGGAGUCGGUCUGCGACCCGACGACGGGGUCGAUCUACGACUUCUCCGAGGAACUCCUCGAUGGGUCCGAGAUCGUCGACUUCGACGAUUUCGCCGGGAAGGUCGGUUUAUUUGCAUCUUCGGCGUCGAAGAACGACUCGGGUCGAGACGACUUUGUCUCGUCGCAGGUGGUGAUGGUGACGAACAAAGAGCCGGGGGCGACGGCGGCCGAGAUCUUCAACGGGAUCACGCACGUCCGCCCGGGCGGUGGCUACGUCCCCCAGUUCCGUCUCUUCAAGAAGGUGGAGGUGAACGGCAGCGGGACCCAUCCCGUCUUCGCCUUUCUCAAGGGGACUUGUCCGAGCACGACGGACGAAUUCCUGUACAAGAGCGAGCUGUUCUGGGACGAGUUGAACUCUCGCGAUCUGAGAUGGAACUUCGAGAAGUUCCUCAUCGACAAGACUGGGAAGCCCUACAAGCGCUACCACCCGGCCGUGGACCCCAUCACCAUGGCGCCAGAGAUCCAGGCGCUCAUCGAGGCCUGAUUCCAUCGUGCGUGUCGAGAGGGGCGUGAGGUCGGAGGAGCGAGGGCGGGGAGAGCCAGGAAUGACGAGGCGCCCUUAAACCGAAUCUCGGUGGGGAGUUUCCGAUGACGCGACGAGGUCACGUGACGCCCGGAUCGCAGUCUCUUUUUGGAGUGCGGGACCGCGAAUACAGGUGUCGAUUCGACCGAGUUACCCUCGGGCUCUCGCCCUUUUUACUCCUCCUCCUUUUCCUCUCUCAGGAAAUACAAUGGCAGAAAUUGAGAAAA